AAACAUAGAUAACAAUAUAAACGGCAACUAAAUAAUAUAACAACAAUGAUACAGAAAACGUUUUGUUUCUGAUAAUUGGUUUUUUAAGAGUUACAAUAUUCACUAAAAAUGGAGGAAACGAAUCAACAAGAAUUAGUCGAGUCGGUUUACGUUUCUAGUGCUGUAAACAGUUCGCCUCAUUGUCUAGAUUGGGGCACAAAUGGAUUGGUGAUCUUUGGCUCUUGCAAUGCUGUCCAUAUGUAUGAUCCUCGAAUAGAUGAUCAUUGCGACGGUCUGAUUGUUUCAACGUUUCUACAUCAUACGAAGCGAGUAAACAGCGUCAAAUGGAUACAGCAGGCAUCCAAUAAUAGUUUGGCUCAAGAUUUCGUCUCUUGUUCUGCUGACAAUUCUGCUGUACUAUGGGAGGGAGUUCAACCUACGGGAUAUUAUAAACGCAAAGAAAAACUUGUUGGACAUUCUGACGUGGUUACAUCUAGUGAUGCUAUACGACUUUUAAAUGAUUCAUUGUACAUUGUUACAACUUCUGGCGAUUGUACUGUAAAAAUUUGGGUGAAAUCUAAAGACGAGUGUGAUUGCCAGUGUUUCCAAACGCUCGAUUUUAAAAACGUGCUGUGUAUAUCUGUUAAAAUUGCUAUUUUACCAUACACUAACUGCCUGUUGCUGGCUUGUGGUUUAUCUAAUAGCAAAAUACAAUUAUGCAUUAGUAAUUUUAGUAAUGGAAAAUCAGGAUUUAUUUCAAGUCACACUUUAGAUGGCCAUGAAGAUUGGGUUCGUGCUUUAGAUUUUAUUUCUGAAGAAAAUACUGGUGGAGGUUUGUUCCUUGCAAGUGGCUCGCAAGAUUCCAUGAUACGAUUAUGGAAAUUUACAACUGAAGAAAAUACAAAUGAUAGUACAUCAAAUGAAGAAACAUUGCAAUUAGAACAGAAAAAAAUUAAUGUCUCUAAGCAAGAUGGAUCCAACUUAGUCUAUGUCAUUCAAACAGAAUCUGUUAUAUCGGGUCAUGAUGGUUGGAUUUAUGGCGUGAAUUGGAAGUCUAAGUCGUGUUCAGAAUCCAAACUAGAAUUGCUGUCGGUGUCAAUGGAUAAAACGCUCGCAGUAUGGGCAUUUGAUGACAACAGUGGUCUUUGGAUUGAUUUUGUAAGAUUAGGUGAAGUUGGUGGCAAUACUUUAGGGUUUUAUGGAGGUAAAUUUUCUCCAGACGGUCAAUGUAUUUUAGCUCAAGGGCAUGAUGGAUCAUUUCACUUAUGGAAAAAAAACAAAGAAGAUGGUGGUUGGUCUCCUGAAGUUACAAUUGGUGGUCAUUUUGGUUCAGUUGAAGACAUAGCUUGGGAGCCAGAGGGAAGGUAUCUUGUAUCAGUGAGUUUUGACCAAACUACCAGACUUCACGCUCAGUGGCUGAAAUCAAGUGAAUCUAAUAACAUUUCAAAUUGGCAUGAAAUGGCUCGGCCGCAAGUACACGGAUACAAUAUGUCAAGCGUUGUUAUGUUGUCGAGUUUAAGUUUCGCGUCUUCGGCCGAAGAAAAAGUCAUAAGAGUAUUUCAAGCGCCUUAUAACUUUUUAGAGAAUAUGAGCAAUUUAGGAAAAAUUCAGUUUCCUCCUGUCGACAUUGCAAAUAGUCCAUUAGGAGCAUCCGUUCCAUCGCUUGGUUUAUCCAAUAAAGCAGUUUCCGGAGAAGACUGUAAAAAUAUGGCUAACCAAAAAACCAAAAAAGAUUACCCCGAGCAUUAUUUUGUUCCUUUGACAUUAAGUCAACCACCUACUGAAGAAGACUUAGUACAAAACACAUUGUGGCCAGAAAUUCAAAAACUUUAUGGUCACGGAUAUGAAGUUUAUUGUUUGGCGUCUUCACCAGACAGCAAAUGGGUGGCUUCGGCUGCAAAAGCUACAUCGGUUGAACACGCUGCAAUUAUAAUAUGGAAUACAAAUGGUUAUCAACAAGUACAAAAAUUAGUAUCUCAUAAUUUAACUGUAACCCAAUUGGCCUUUUCGCCAGAUAGCACAAAACUCGUAUCCGUCUCACGCGACCGUACAUGGACCUUGUUCAAGUAUAAUGCAGAAUCGUGUUUGUUUAGUCUUGUUUUCAAAUCAAACAAGCAAACGGGAAUACAUACUAGAAUUAUUUGGUGUUGCGCGUGGUCUCACGAUUCCUCGUAUUUCGCUACGGGCUCUAGAGAUGGUAAAUUAGUUGUUUGGGACAAAUCUGACCGGUGCGAAACAGGCGACGAUACGAAAGAAUUGUAUUGCCCCAAGAGCGAUCCACUGAUUGCAUCCGAAGAGAGCUUUACAUCAGUCGCAUUCGCACCAACACAUCUCAAUAACGAGUCGGCGUACCUUAUGGCUAUAGGAUGUGAUUCAGGAAGAAUAUUAUUGUAUAAAUGGAACUCUGAAGACAAAUCUACUACAGCGUGGUUUGAACUAGCCAAUAUAUUUAACGAAUUGGGACAUCAUUUGACAGUUAAAAAACUCGUAUUCCAGCCGUUGUUAAAUAAAAAGGACGUUCGGCAUAAGGACGGAGUUUUGCGGAUGGCCAGUUGUGGUGCAGAUAUGAUGGUUAGAAUUUAUAAUGUGUUUAUCAAACAUCUUUAAUAUUUAUGCAUUUAUUACUUUUGAUCUACUUGUAAAUAAUUGUUUCAAAUAACAAGAAAUAACCAAUUAUAUAUAUUACAUACAUAUAUGUACAUUAU